UUCUGCUUUGUUUACAUUUGGUUUUCAUGGGAGAGCCCGAGAGUUCCGCUCCCACUCGUGCUCCCCAUCAACUCGCUCCGAUUUUGUAUCUGAAUUUUGGUGGGAAUUGCCAUGGGAAUCUGAAUGGAAAGAUGAUCGCCAGCCAGUCGUCUCCACGCUCAGUCUUUCGAGCUUCUUCACAGCAAACAAGCGCGCAUCUCCCAGAUAAUGUGGAUUCGUAUUAACCCGUUGGUGCUGUGCCUUCUGCCGGUAAUUUUCCUCCUCAUCGAGGGAAGAUCAAGGCCCUGCAGCGAUGAUCGCAUUGUGUUUCCCAAGGACGACGAUGAAGAGUCCCACCUAUCGAAAUUCACUGAUCCCCGGACUAACUCAACGACAACGACCACAGAGGAACCCUUGACCACAGUAACCACCCUUUUGGAAACCACAAACACCACAGAAGCGAUCUCUAAUGGAUCGGGGGAGGAGCUGGUUAAUGGAACCACCACUGAGAAACCCACUAUAGACAAUCGGAUAUUGCUGGAGACAUCUCCAAAAUGUCGACCGGGCUUCGAGCUGCAUGCAAAACGCUGUCGAAAGCCGGCUUAGUCUUUAGUCUUUAAGAUCGAUGUUAGUCAGUAAAGUGAUAUCUGAAUAGAACUAAUGAUUGAUUAA